AUUAAAAAAAACUCCCCCAAAACAAUUUUAAAAAAAUAUAAUAAUACGAUAAAUAUAAAGCAAGUGUGGUUGCAACCCAUAGUUCAAUCUUCUUCGUCCCUCUCCCCUCACUUCUGUGUUUCUCUCUUCACCUACACUUUCCUCUUUCAAUUCAAUUCUUCUUUUUGGUUCAGAAACUCUGUACAGUUAAUCAAACCCUACCUCACCUCACCGGUUUUAGCUGUUAAUUUAAUAUAUAGAUAGAAAUCCAAGGAAGAAGAUGAAGCAGUUUGCCGUCCAAAACGUCGUCGUUCCAUCCCACGAUGAGAUUAGCGUUGUUUGCCCCAAGCCCCGCCGCCUCGGCCUCUUCAACUUCCCCGUCAACGAUCCCCCUGUUAGACCCUUCCGCUGGCAUCUCAGUUACCAUGUUGAGCCAUGUGAUUCAAACUCAUCUGGUUCAAAUCCUCUGGACAACUUACUCACCAAGGAUGGUGAUUUUGAUGUAGAGCAAUCGUGGCCAGUGGUAGCCCCGUCGCCCCUAUUUUUCAGCGGGUCGCCGCCGAGCAGAGCAGCUAACCCUUUGAUUCAGGAUGCUCGAUUUGGGGAUGAGAAUUUUUCCCCGCUCUCCCCACCGUCGUGGGUGGUGGUACCGGCUGUGUCGGGUCUGCCACCGUCUCCCUCUUCCUCUGCAAGGAAGGGAGGAUGUGUCCGAGCCAAUUUUGGUAACAAUCCUGUUGUGAGAAUUGAGGGCUUUGAUUGCCUUGACAGGGACAGGCGAAAUUGCAGCAUCCCUGCUCUGGCUUAGAACCCCUCCUCACACACCACACGUCUCUUUGAUAUUAGGAUUCAGUUCAACAUAAACAUAACCACAGAAGAUGAGCCUUCAUACAAUAAUACCCUACAGCAAAUAGAGUAAUUUUGGAUGCUUGAGUCUAGAGGAAGAGAUAAAAUUUUAUCUUGUGUCUGUUUGUAAAUAUGUUCAGUUAAUCGCCAGUGUAUGUAAAUGUCAAUAGUGUGUCUUGUGUAGAGAAAUAUUGUCUAGUCUCUCCAAAUAAUGAUAUAGAGGGUUGAUUUGGGUGUUGGACUUCGCCCGGGCCCUAUGUUUAGUAGUGUCUAAGGAAAUACCAUUCUCUUUUUUGUAAGUAGAAGUCUUUAGAGGAUGGAGAAUAUUUCAUUUUGAUUUUCUUUUAUGAUUGGUCCUUGAAUUGUAACUAGUAGCGGCUUAAGAAGCAUUUAAUCUGUACACAAAGGAAUGGUUUGUUUGGGAAUUCUCAGUUCA